AUGAAGAAUUCUGUUCAACGUAAGAUUAAUGAAUUAAAGACUUUAACAAAUGAUCCAAGUAAUGAACUAAUCGAAGCACUUUCAUCUAUCGACGAUACUACGUUUAAUAGCAAUACUUCAGUUCGAACUUUAUUAGAAGAAAAGGAACUAAGCGAACUAAAUAGAUUUAUCGAACAAUUUUCACAACUAACAACUACUAUUGAUCGUGUUUUUACAACAAUUGAUCUCCUUGAUAAAUCAUGUGAUCAAAUGCUUACAAAAUUGUCAAUCGGCCAAAAAGGAGUCGAUGAAGUUUUAGACAUGACAACAUCAUUAUACAUUCAACAAGAAAAACAAAGAAAUCAACUUACAAAAAUACAUAGUUUUAUUGAAGAGUAUUAUCUAUCAGAAGAAGACUUUGCAUGUCUCGAAAAAGGUGAUAUUGAUGAUAAAUUCUUUGAUGCUUUCUCUCAUCUCGAAGCAUCUCAAGAGCGAACAUCAAAUGCAUUAUUAACUCAAAAAUCUCGUAGUCUUACAGACGCAUUAACCGCUCUAAAUGCCGCAAAAGAGCGUGCUUAUGGUCGUAUACAUGGCUGGUUCCAUGCAAAUAGUCAUAUUUUUAACAGAUUACAGCCAACUAUUCCUUCUUCAUUCAAUAAAUGCUUGACAAUCAUCAAAUCCAAACCAAUACUUUACGGAUUCGUCUGCAGCGAGAUCGGACAAGUCAGAAGUAGCGUAAUUGGACCAGCUUUCUUAAAUGCUUUGACAUCACCAACAGCCGACAGCCGCCCACUCGAAGAAACAGCCAGUGCUGAUCCAUUAGCAUUCUCCAGUAACGUAUUUGCCUGGAUCCAUCAAACAGCAGCAACAGAAGCCACUUUUUUGGCAACAGUUUUGAAAGAAGACCAAAAUUCGCCAAAUAUACAGAAAACACUCGACGACGCCUUCGAAUCAGUCUGCAGACCUCUUGAUAGUCGUGUCUCACAAGCUAUAAGAGGUCUUGUUAGACCGGCAGACUGUUUCCAAAUGGCAAACAUUUGUUCAUACUUUUUCUCAAAAAUUUCUGACAUUUGUGGUAUCACUUCACCUGUAGCCAAAACCACAAAGAAUCUUGUUGACAUGUCCUCAAAAACGUUUAGACAAGCCAUUUCUGAGAGCACAGAUGUCAUAAAGAGCUCAGUUCGACCUUCACAAUCCGCAUUUCAUGAAGCUCUAAAAAUCAUGAAAUUUGUCACUUCACAACACGAACAAAGCUCUUUAUCUAUAUCAUUUGAUGUCUCUUCUCUCAUUGAUAACUAUGCAGCACAACUCCACACAACUGUUGUUUCAAUGAAAGAGAAUUUACCUUUCCAAGCAACAUAUUUGUACGAACUUUCGAAUUUGGCGAAAGAUGCGAACUUAAAGUGCUCGAAUGAUAUAGAAAAAGACAAAGACAAGGUUGUGGCACAGAUUAUAGAUAUAGAAGUAUCAGAAUUCUUGAGAAGAUGCAGAAGUACAGAGCUCAUUAAUCUCUUUACUUCUCCACAACAAAAACCUUUGUCAACUGUUGCCGGUGGUGAAGAAAACCUCGUCAGAAACACUGUGAAGAGACUGGAGAAUGCGUUGAUUGGAACAGGCAAACUUCAGACACCUCUCUGCGAUGAACUGAGUAAUAAUGAGCUGAAGAAACUCGCAAAAGAAGAAGUUUCGAAGAAAUUAGUUAAUGCGUAUAAAAUUUUGUUUGAUUCUGUGAUGGAUGCAAGGAAUGGAUAUUUGAAUGGUGGAACUAUAUUCAAAUAUACACCUGAGCAUAUCAAAGAAUCAAUUUCUGUUUAA